UUCGCUUCUCAGAAAGAGAAGUCCUCGGAGACCACGUUGCUCUCCGCCCUUGUUCACGGGCGGAGGGAGGUGGGUCGGGGGCAGAAACCGGAAUCGCAUCCAGAGGUGCCUCGCCUUCCACCUGGAAUGCAGGGUGAAGUCAAAAGUAGUUCUUCAAGUCCUGUGAUGCCAUCUGUUUUGCCUCUGAAAUUGCAGCCCACAGCUGAGAUACCAUCACAGCCACUCCAUAAUCGGCAAAUCUGCAUGUUGCCUGGCCGGCUCAGAAUCCAGCCGUCUCUAUGGAGCAAGGAUGAUGUCAUUCACUGGUUAAGAUGGGCUGAAAAAGAAUAUUCGCUCCGGGAAUCUGAUGAAAAAAAAUUUGAAAUGAAUGGGAAAGCCCUUUGUAUUCUCACAAAGGAAGAUUUCAGAUUCCGGGCUCCUUAUUCAGGAGAUGUUUUGUAUGAGUUACUCCAAUACAUUAAGACCCAGAGAAGAGCCCUUGUUUGCAGCCCUUUCUUUAAACCUCCCUUUCAGGAUGUAGAACUAACACAGUCCCAGAGCACUGCAGAAGGCCUGAAAUACAGGUUAGAAGGUCUCCCGGCCAAUAGCCAUGCACUACCUGCAGAAUGCUUGAUCAGCGCUACUAGCCAUCCAGGCCAGGCAGGCCAUCUGACGUCUUCCUCCACGGCUUUCCACAGUCCCAGGGCAACCUCCCUUCCUCACUGCGGCACAGAAAUCAGCCACAGGGCAAAUGUUUGUUCUUUUCCUAUGACAUCAUCAGCUCCAGUCAGUGGUAAAAUUGCAGACUGCAGAUUGCUCUGGGAUUAUGUUUACCAGCUCCUCUGUGACAGUCGAUAUGAACCGUUUAUCAAAUGGGAAGACAAAGAAGCAAAGACAUUUCGGGUUGUUGAUCCCAAUGGACUAGCCAGACUUUGGGGAAAUCACAAGAACCGACAAAACAUGACAUAUGAGAAGAUGUCAAGGGCGUUGAGACAUUACUAUAAACUCAACAUCAUCAAAAAGGAACCUGGACAGAAACUCUUAUUCAGAUUCCUCAAAACUCCUGGAGAGAUAAAACAUGACAGAUCCAAUAAAGGCGAACAGCUGGACAAUGAAGAACAAGGAGAGGAUUGGAAAGAGGAUGUGCUGGAAGUCUCUCCUUAGACAUUUGCCAAGCUACAGCAGUAUUAAAAUUGUGUGUUUUGUGAUGAAAGGUUUUUAAAUGAAGGUUGAAGUGAAACAUCUCAGGGUCACUCUAUUUUGUAGCUUACUGCAGCUCAAAUGUGUGGAAUUAAUCCACUAGACCUGGGUCACCUUUGGAUGAGAUAAUCUCCUUUUAAGGUUCUGUCAAACUGUAAGUGAAGUUUCUGCACCAAAGCAGUAGGCAUCUUGUUGCUGGGGGACUUGCCUGCUACUCAGAGAGCAGAGCAGCUUUUACACACACACACACACGUGCCACAGAGCAUUAUGAAGUUUUGUAACCAGUAAGACUCAAUGUAUGUGCGUGCAAACACAAACAGAGGCAAACUGAUCAACGUGUUGCACCAGACUAAAGCAACAUGACAAUAAGCAGGGAAAGACAGUACUGCUUGACAAAUACACAAGCACCACAAAAAUGGGAGCUGGGAUUAAUUUGGCUUUUGUGCCUCACAUAAUUUUGUCUUGGGUAAAAAUUAUGGCCUCCACCGAAAGCAGAAAAAUUUGAAAUGUGUGAACUUGGCUCCAAAAUGCAUGAGUGAUUUCAGAGUAGAGAAAGUAGACUGCUUGAUAAACCAGCUAAGGCCUGAAUCUCUCUCAACUGCUAAUCAAAAUCAAGAUAAUUAUUGCCUCAGCAGAACCUAAUUGCACAAAUUGUUUUCUUUUUCAGUGGAUGAGGUUGCCAUUACAGGUUUGUUUUUACAAAUGGGAAAUGGCAGUCUGAGUGGGGAAGAAAGAUACCCUUUAACAUAUUCCUGCUAACAUAAAAACCUCCAUCCCAGAUGCACAAGCACAAAAUACUAACUUUUGUCCUUGAGCCGCAGAGAUUUAAGGUAGCACAUGAGCAAUAGCAAGAAUCAAGUCCAUCUUGCAGGCAUGAGAAGAAAGUGAGAAACAUCCUGGGGUGUGUGCCUGAAAUUAUUUUUAUGUUCAUUAUCAAAUAUUGGAUGUCAACACUGAAUGCUUUUCAUUUCAAGAUUGCUGGUGAUGUUUAUGGUUUGGUUCUAGUUGCAUAGAACUAGUCUUAAACAUUUUUAAUUUAAUCAAAAGAUGCAUCCAGCUUAUUCAAUGGGGCCUAGAUGAGCAAUGAGAUGAGGAAGCAAGCAGGGGUUCAUCUGAACAGGCAUCACAUGUGUGAAGGUUGCUUGUGAACUUCCACACAAGUAGAAAGUAGAGUGACCUUGCUGCUGGGUCCAAUAUGGAUCUAUGGAAAUCCUUCGAUUUAUUAUGGUGAUUGCAAUAGAUCUCAAGCUAUAGGACAUGACCUGCUUGGGAGAGAAAGAGUACCUUUUCUGUAUGUGUAGAUCAGGAACAUCAAAGAUCUGUCCACCUGUGGACUGAAUUCAGGUUUGGAGAAGUUUUCAGGAGGGACAUUCCAGUGGUAGAUACACCCAAAGACAAAAGGAAGCAGAAUCAGAAAUGCUACUGUAUUUCAAUUUAUACAUGUUUUAGUCUUUUAGAAUAGGCAGAAAACUUGCAGAAGCUGGAACAGCACAAUUGAUCAGAGGUUGGGGCCAGCUGGAAAACCUGGGCAGGUCAGAUUUAGCCUGUGGGCUUAAGGUUUGAUAACCCUGAUGUAGAAACUUCUAAGGUAGGGUAAAAGACUGAGCCAAAACCAGUAGAUCCUGUCAAAGAAGCCUCCUUGAUCCUCUAGUUUCAUGGGAUGGGAUGUCACCUUGGAGGCCUCUAUUUAGAGGAAACUGAUUUGGGAAGGAACCUCGCCCCCCGCCAAAGAGUAGCCCAUUUCUCCUAAUGAUGCUAUCCUCUACAUGGUUCUAGGAGAAUGUCAGGAAGAUUGUGUCCUACUGUUCAUCCAAUGGUUGCGCUGGGGCUAAUAUUCCAGUCUGCAGAUCAUCACUUGCAAUAUCAGGCUGUAUACACAGAGCUGCAUACAAGGAUUUCUGCAUUAAGGGGCAUGUGUGGAGUGCUGGGAACAGAAGGUGGAAAUAGGUCUACAAGGGAGAGCAGAGUUCAAAAUGUUUGAAAAAUGCUGGGUAAGGGGAUGAAUGCUAAUUUUGUACUUGAUUUGUAGUGACUCUCAAUUGAUUACUAAUAUAUGCACUUGAUGUUUUGCUACAGCAGGAACAAGCAAAGGUUGUUACAUAGGUAGACAGUGACGGGAUUUGCUGUUAUUUUAUGAUGCUAUAAAAUAAAUUGAAGAGGAAGCAUGAA